AUGGAUGACCAGAGGAAACGUCCAGCCGCGGCGGAGACGUCAAAUGUACCCAAGAAACGCAAGAUCCGAAAAGGAACGCAGUCUUGCUGGGAGUGCAAACGGCGUAAAAUCCGAUGCACCUUUACAGCACCCACUGACAUAAUUUGUGAUGGGUGCAGAAGCCGUCAAACCAGAUGCAUCAGCCAGGAAUUUCCCGAUGAGCUCGCAUUGGCAAGCAGAGUUGACCGGCUUGGUCGAGUAGAAUCUUUAGUCGAGGAACUGGUCAAGCGAAGCGGUGUUGAUGCUUUGAAUACGUUGAGAGGCCAGUCAGAUCAAGCGAACACGCAGCCAGUGGACUCAGUUAAUAACAAAAAGCAAGGCACUAAUCAUGCUACUGAAUCCCCGCAACAUCACCCUGCUCCCAACUCGGACCUGCAAAAUCAACUGAGCAGUGAUUUUGACGAUCUAAGCCGUGCUCUGAUAGCAGCAUGGCCUGAUCAGCAGGACCUCGAUAUUAUCCUAAGUGUACCAGUUGGAGUUUCGGUGUUGUUGCAUGGGGUGAUCUGCAAGUCGUAUUCUGACUAUUUCUCUGGGAGAUUUCCACCUCCGCGAUAUAUACUCCAGCUACCGGUACGAGAGUCGCAUCCGGUCCUCAUUGCAAGAAAGCUACUAUUGCUAGCAACUUUUUUGCAAGGAGUUCCACCAUGCUCUACUAGCCAACUAGACGGUUUGACUUCAAGCUACCAGACCGUUAUGUCUCGAGCGUUUACUACAGCCACCAGGUUGGUCACAAGUAAUGACGAGCUUAUAAAUUCACUUGAGGGACUCGAGUGUGUCAUGAUCGAGAGCAUGUACUUGAAUAACGCCGGCAAUCUUCGCCGCGCCUGGUUGGCGAACCGCAGGGCCAUGGUCGCGGCGCAGAUGAUGGGGCUACAUACAGGUACCGGGUCAUUAAAUUUGUUCCUCGAGAUUUCAACACAGGACCGUAUCGAUCCAGAUUACAUGUGGUUUCGUUUAGUUUGCUCAGACAGAUAUCUGUCUUUGAUGCUUGGUCUUCCGCAGGGUUCACCAGAAAAUACCUUUGCUAGUUCAGAUGCUCUGACAAACUCCAUAGCCGUGGAGCGUAUGGAACGUCUAGAGUCGAUUGCAGGCGGGCUUAUUCUUCAGCGCAACAGUAUCGAGAAAACUGAUCUUGUGGCAACGUACAAAAUUGAUAAAAUGCUCCAAGAAGCUUCAGAGUCGAUGCCACCGCACUGGUGGGCACUGAACUCCAAUCUUGCUACCAUUGUUGGCAACGAUGGAAAGGCAUUUGAAGAGUCGAUUCGUCUUAUGAAUCAGUUUACUCACUAUCACCUCCUAGUUCAGUUGCAUUUGCCGUAUAUGUUGCUGCCGCCUUCAAUCAACCCGAAGUACGAUUACAGCAAGAUGACAGCUGCCAACGCUAGUCGCGCGAUCAUAACUCAAUUCGUUGCCUUUCAUGAAUUCGCUUUAUCACCUGCGUAUUGCCGUGGGAUUGAUUUUAUUGCCUUUAUUGCGAGCACCACUUUAUGUCUUGCGCAUAUCGAAACUCGACGCCAGGACCAGAAUGACAUCAGUUGUCUCCAGUCCCUUCGACAUCAGCGAUUGAGUGAUCGAGGCUUACUGGAACGUCUGCUUGAUAUCAUGGAGAAAAUGGCUCGGGAAAAUAGUGGCGUCGUUGCCAGACAAAUCUCAAGUAUACUCGGGCCACUCCUUGAUAUCGAGGACAACUCGUUCAGAGGGAGCUGUUAUCAGAUGCGAGCCUUAGAGAAUGUUGAGAAGUCCCGAUGCGUGGGUCAAAUAAAUGAAGCUUCUGACGAACUCCGUAUACACAUUCCGCACUGUGGGACUAUCAUAAUAGAACACCCUUCUCAAUACGUACCACACGCAAGUGAUGCAGAUCGUGUUUUCGACGAGCCAGCUGCAGGUCGCGAUCAGGGAGAUGUGGAUUUCCGGCAAUCACAGCCGUGGUAUAUUGAUCCGAUACCCGGUCUGGAACUUGAUGUAGACGAUUGGGCGUUGCAGGGGGUUGAUACGGCACUGUUUAGUAGUUUGAUGCAGGGAAGAGAAAGUUAGGCAAUGCUAGGGUUAGGGCUAGAUAUACACACCCGUGGACCCUGCAUGUUCCUUCUCGCCGUACCCACCACUGACAUGGAUGGUAUCGUAUGAUUAUGACUUGGGCAUCAAGAUAGCACAUCUGCAACUAACUAGAUGAUUUUGUCCUUAUCAUGGUGAUCCAUCCAGGAAUCCCUGCAUGUCCAUAUCAUAUCUCGAUACCAACACUAGCAGAAAGUU